UCAUCUUUUCUCUUCUCUUUUCUCUGAAUUCCAGAUCUCAAUUCAAAUGGGAAAUCAAAGCUCAUGUUUUUUCUCCGGAAGCUGCGGAUCAGCGCCGCUGAUCUCCUUCAUCGCCCCCGACGGCAAUCUCGGCUGCAUCGCCUUGCAGAUGCCCACCGCCGCCGACCUCAUGAUCGAGUUCCCCGGCCACGUGGUGGCGAUCGCUGAGAGCUCUGCCGCCGGAGCUAAGAUUUCUCCGAUCAAAGCCGAUGAGGAGAUGAGAUCGGGAUUGGUUUACCUUCUGGUCCCGGUUGAUCGGUUUGGGUUUAAGGCCUCUGACCGGCAGAUGGAGGUUGCCAAGGCCGCCGUUGAAAGCCGGCGCCGGAGAAGGAAGGGGAUGGGAUCCGGAUCCGAUAAGAGGUUGUUCCCGGUUGCAGCCUGUAAGGGUGAGGUGAACACAGGGUCUGCCGGUAACCGGGUUAGGCCCGUUAAUCAGUGGCGGCCCGUUUUGGAUACUAUCCAUGAAGCCCUUUCACAAUAG